CACUCAGUGCUGAGCAUGCCCUUGUGUUUGUCUCAUCCUGCAGCGUGUAACUGCCACAGGCAUACGUUUGACUGCUAUUAUGACCCGGAGGUCAACCAGAGGAGGGCCAGUGUGAACCUGCUGGGGGAGUACCACGGUGGUGGUGUGUGCCUAGAGUGUCAGCACCACACAACUGGAAUCAACUGUGAGCGCUGCAUCCCUGGUUACUACAGGUCACCUGACCACCCUCUGGACUCCCCAUUCGCCUGCUCCCAGUGUGCCUGCCAAUCAGAGUUCACAGAUGGAACGUGUGAGGAUCUGACCGGCCGCUGUUACUGCAAGCCCAACUACACCGGCAGGAACUGUGACACCUGCGCAGAGGGCUACGUCAACUUCCCUGAGUGUUUCCCGAUUCCCAUUUACCCAAACAACAAUAAUGGUGAAGUACUACCUGCUGGGGAGAUUAUAAACUGCGAGUGUAAUGCUGCUGGCACAGAGGGGAACUCCUGUCGCCCCGACCCGCGCACCCAUGCCUGCGUCUGCAAACAGGGCUUCACAGGAGCUCACUGUGACAGCUGCGCACCCAGGUUCUUCGGCCUAAACUGCCAGUCCUGCCAGUGCUCUGGCCCGGGCUGCCUGGACGGGACCUGUGACACGGCCACGGGUCAGUGCUACUGCCGAAGCGGGUUCCAGGGGUAUGCGUGUGAGCGGUGUGCUCCAGGGUACUUCAACUACCCCCUCUGCCAGCUGUGUGGCUGCAGUCCCGUUGGUUCUCUCCCAGAGGGUUGUGAUGCUUCGGGCCGGUGCUUGUGCCGGCCAGAGUUCCAGGGCCCGCGGUGUGACCAGUGUCGCUCUGGCUUCCACUCCUACCCCAACUGCCAAGUGUGCUCCUGUGACCCCCGCACCUCCCUGGACUCCAGCUGCAGUGUUACAGGUCACUGUCACUGCCGCCCCAACUUCAGUGGCACAUCAUGUGACCAGUGUGCUCCCGGUUUCUUUGGCUACCCCAGCUGCACUCCCUGCCAGUGUUCCAUUGAAGGCUCUCGCUUCAGCACCUGUGACAAGGUGUCUGGACAGUGCGCCUGCCUGCCCAACGUGGUGGGACAGCGGUGUGACUCCUGCAGCUCUGGGUCAUAUGGCUUCCCACUCUGCCAAGUUGGAACCUGCAACCCUGCUGGUUCUGUACAGAAUGAAAUCUUGCCUACGGUCGGUUCCUGUGAGUGCCGUCCCUAUGUUGAGGGUGUUGCCUGUGAUAAAUGCAAAGCCCUUUUCUGGAAUCUUUCUCCGGACACUCUGUACGGCUGCUCCAGUUGUGAGUGCAACACACCAGGGACUCUGAGCAGUGUGGCAGAGUGUGCACAGGCUAGUGGUCAGUGUUACUGCAAACCCAAUGUAUGCAGCGGGACCUGCUCCGUCUGCAAAGAAGGCUACUUCAACCUGCAGGGGGACAACUACUUUGGGUGCCAGGGCUGUCAGUGUGACAUUGGGGGGUCUGCUGGUCUGUCAUGUGGGGAGAGGAAUGGGAGGUGCCAGUGCCGUCCAAAUGUUGAGGGACAAAAGUGUAACCAGCCAAAACCAGAUCACUACUUCCCAGACCUGCACCAUCUGAAGUUUGAGAUAGAAGAUGGCACCAUGCUGGACGGUCGGCCCGUCCGUUUCGGGUACAACCCCCUGGAAUUUGAGGGUUUCAGUUGGAGAGGUUAUGCGCAGAUGUCUCCUAUACAGCCCAAGGUGGUGGUGGCGGUAUUGGUGAGCUCCCCGGACCUGUUUCACGUAGUCUUGCGCUACGUCAAUCGCGGCUCCGCGGACAUCCGGGGCAGGGUGUCGGUGCUGGAGGAUGGGAAGAGCUUUUUAUGCGGCAACUGCUCAGAUCAGUCCAAGCAGAUCGUCUUUGCCCCCAGUUCAGAGCCUACUUUUGUCAAUGUUCCACAAAACAACUUUGUGGAGCCCUUUGUUCUGAAUCCUGGCACAUGGACAGUGGUCAUAGAGGCAGAGGGGAUUCUACUGGACUACCUGGUGUUGCUGCCCAGUGCAUACUAUGAAGCGCCCAUUCUGCAGAUCAAAGUAACUGAGGCCUGCACCUACAGCCCCACACAGGACUCCAGCCAAAACUGCCUCCUUUACCAGUACCUUGCACUGGAUGGCUUCCCUUCCAUUUCGGGAAAUGACGCCAGCUGCAGGUUCGACAACCAUCUUCCACGGCCCUGCCAGAAUGAGAAGAUCACUCCCCGACACCCUGCUAUGGCCAUCUGCAGCGGAAGUGAUAUCAACGUGCAGCUGCGGGCUCCCGUACCCCAGCCUGGGAAGUAUGUGGUGGUGGUGGAGUACUCCAGCGAGGACGAGACUCCCCAGACGCUCACCGUGUCUGUGAACACGCCAGGCGGACGCACGCACCAGGAAUACCUCACACUGCUCCACUGCAAGUACAGUUUCCUGUGUCGUGGGGUCAGUGUGGAUGACAAGAACCGUGUGGCGAUCUUCACUUUGUCCACUGAAAUUGAUGUGCAGUUCAUCGCAGACAGAGCCAGUUUCUUCCUGCACAAGGUCUACCUCAUCCCACAUGAGCAGUUCACCAUGGAGUACCUCAAGCCCAAAGUGCAUUGCAUCAGCACGCAUGGCACCUUCGCCCCUGACAGUGGUUCCUGCAUCCCGUCCCGUUUCCAGACACCCUCCCAGUCUUUGGUGCUUAAAGAGGGCCAGGCCUCUCUGGUGCAGGAUCCAGGUGCGGCCCUCCCCCCGGACUCACAGUCCCUGCCCGCAGACGCCCCCCAGUGGGUGGCCGGCGACCGCCCCCCGAACGCCGCGGAUAACGGAGAGCACGUCCGCCUGGAUCACUCGCAGAAUGCUGUGGUGUACUCUACGAGGGUACAGAGUCAGGGCGGCUAUGUCUUCAUCCUGCACUACCAUCAGCCCCUGCACCCCACCUUCACCGUCCAGGUCUUCCUCAACGGGGGCCGCAUUUGGCAGGGCAUCGCCAACGCCACCUUCUGUCCCCAUGGCUACGGCUGCCGCAGUCUGCUGAUGUCAGAGGACAAGAUCAUCCUGGACGUGACGGACAACGAGGUCGUGCUGACUGUUCAAGUCCCCGAUGGCAAGACGCUGUGGCUGGAUUACAUUCUGGUGGUCCCGGAGGGCAGCUACAGCUCCAGCUACCUCAAUGAAGAGCCUCUUGAUAAAUCUUACGACUUUAUCAGCAACUGUGGCCAAAACAGCUUUUACAUCAACCCGGCGGUGUCCCCGCCCUUCUGCAGGGCCUCCGCCGUGUCGCUCUCCGCCUUCUUCAACAAUGGCGCCCUGCCCUGCGCCUGCCACGAGGCCGGGGCGGAGAGCGACACCUGCCAGCCGUUCGGCGGGCAGUGCCAGUGCCACCCCAACGUCAUCGGGAGGGACUGCGCCCGGUGUGCCACGGGGUACUGGGGCUUCCCCCACUGCAGGCCGUGUAACUGUGGCACACGGCUGUGUGAGCAGAUCACUGGGGAGUGCAUCUGCCCUCCGCGCACGCUGCGCCCGGAGUGUGUCAAGUGUGAGCCGCAGACGUUUGGCUGCCACCCGCUGGUCGGUUGUGAGGUCUGCAACUGCUCCCAGCCUGGAAUCGUAUUUCCUGAUGUCAGCUGCGACACCAGCAGUGGACAGUGCAGAUGCAGGAACAACAUCAUUGGGCGUCAGUGUGAUCGCUGUGCCCCCGGUUUCUACGGUUACCCCAACUGCCGGCAGUGCGACUGCAACGAGGCGGGCACAGAGAGCAGCGUGUGUGACGCUGCGUCAGGGCAAUGCCUCUGCAAGGAAAACGUGGAGGGGGCGCGCUGCAACCAGUGCCGCGUGGGGACCUUCCACCUGGACCCCACCAACCCCAAGGGCUGCACCAGCUGCUUCUGCUUCGGCGCGACGGACCGCUGCCGCAGCUCGGAGAAACGGCGCACCGAGCUGGUGGACAUGACAGGAUGGGUCCUGCUGGGCGGGGAGAGGCAGGAGGUCCCGGUCACCACGAAUGUGGAGCAGGGCCUGGUGGAGGCGGACUUAGGCGACGUGCCUGAUGUGUAUCAGGACCUGCACUGGCACGCUCCCCUCAGCUACCUGGGAGACAAGGUGUCGUCCUACGGAGGGUACCUGCGCUAUCGCCUGCACUCCCAGGCGAUGAGGGGCGACGUGCUGGCCUUGCCAGCUGAGGCCUCCCGCCCUGACGUCAUACUCAAGGGUAACCAGAUGACGCUGGUGUACCUGGAGAGAGAAUAUGCGCCCCCUGGAAUCCCCCAUGAGGGUAUAGUUCACCUGGUGGAGGGAAGCUUCCGGCAUGCACAGACCGGUAACGUGGUGUCUCGGGAGGAGCUGAUGAUGGUGCUGGUGGGGCUGGAGUCCCUGCAGAUUCGGGCCCUGCACUCCCAGUCCGCCAUGGGCGUGUCCCUGCGCGGGGCGGUGCUGGAGGGCGCAGAGCGCUCGUCCACCGGGCGACACACCAGCAACGUGGAGCUCUGCCUCUGCCCUGCCAACUACCAGGGCGACUCCUGCCAGCAAUGCGCUCCAGGCUACUACAGAGACACCAAGGGGCUGUUCCUGGGGAAAUGCGUUCUCUGCAACUGCAACGGCCACUCUGACCAAUGUCUGGAUGGAACAGGCGUCUGCGUUAGCUGUCAGCACAACACGGCGGGAGACCACUGUGAGCAGUGCCGCGGUGGUUUCCUCGGCAACUCCACGGUGGACGGGAACUCCGUCUCCUGCACCAGCUGCCCCUGCCCUCUGCAGGUGGCCUCCAACAAUUUUGCCGUGGGAUGUGUGGAGAAGCCUGGCAAGAUGCAAUGCUUGUGUAUGCCAGGAUACGCAGGACCCCACUGCGAGAGGUGCGCUCCAGGUUUCUAUGGGAACCCCAUGGUGCUUGGCAGCACGUGCCAGCCCUGCCAGUGCCAUGACAACACGGACCCAAACAUGUUGUUCAGUGACUGCCACCCACUGACUGGCGAGUGCCAGGGCUGCAUGCACAACACAGCUGGUUCGCACUGCCAGGUGUGUGCACCUGGCUUCUACGGAGACGCUGUGGUUGCCAAGAACUGCACCAAAUGCAACUGUUCCCCAUGUGGUACUGAUACAUGUGACCCUCAUACUGGACAGUGCCACUGCAAGCCUGGUGUGACCGGCGCCCAUUGUGAUAUAUGUGAGAAUGGGGCGUUUGGGUACGAGACCUGCGCUGGGUGCCAGCAAUGUAACUGCGACGCCGCGGCUGCCCUCGUCCAGCCGUGCGACCCCAGGAACGGGACCUGUGCCUGCCAGCCGGGGGUCAACGGCCCCCAGUGCCGCCAGUGCGCCCCGGGAUACUGGGACUACGGCCCCAGCGGCUGCAAGAAGUGCAACUGCAAAGCAGGCCUUUGUGACCCCAGGACAGGGGAGUGCAGGUGUGCUGAGGGGCUGACGGGGGCCCAGUGUGACACCUGUGCACACAGGUACAGCGUUCCAGUGCAGAGCGGCACAGAGCCUAUGCACUGCCACAUCUGCGACAGCUGUGUCAUUGUCCUGCUGGAGGAUCUGGACAGCAUGGACAACAGCUUCGGCUCUGUCAAGAGGCAGCUGGCCAACUUGAACGCCAGCUCCAUCGCCUGGGCGCAGCUAUCCAGCCUCAACGAGUCUGUGGCAAACGUGACUAACGAGAUAGACAACUAUAACAGCACACUGGACGAAAGCAGAAUGAGAGCAGACAUGCUGGAAGUCGAGGCCCAGAAUAUCAACUCUGACAUUGACGAAUUACAGGAAAAGGCGCUGCUGACUAGACAGAAGGCAGACGACCUUGAGGAAAGUGUGAACAGAACCCAGAAAAGAGCCGUAGACCUGGUCAGAUUCAUCAAGGGCAUCAUGGUGGAUAUUGGAGAUAUCAUGUCCCAGGUGAACAGGACCUCUAAUGUAACGAGCGAGGCUCCAGGGGAGGAACUGGCAGAGAAGCUGGCCCAGGUGGAGGGUAUGCUGAGGGAGAUGAGGUUCAGAGGGUGCCAGGCCCAGAAAUCAGCAGCUGAGAGAGAGCUGUCUGAGGCCCAGAAAUUGCUGGAGAAGGUAAAGGAAGAGUUGGUAAAGCGCCUAUCAGACAACCAGGACCAGGCGCAGGGCAUCAGAGCCCAGCUGGGAAAGUUCCACACCGAGCUGAUGGAUCUGAGAGAUGCUCUGAAUGAAGCGGUCAACAACACGGCCCAAGCAGCAGACACCAACAACAUAAACAUGAAGAGGCUGGAGGAGAGCCGGCAAAAAGCAGAGGAGCUGCAGAAGAAGCAGAAGGAGGUGUUUGAUUCCCUGCAGAUGGCGGAGGAUGCGGUCACUCAGGUCAACGACCUGCUGUCCAUGCUGCAGGACUCCAAGGAGGAAUACGAGCGGUUGGCAGCCCAGCUGGAUGGAGCCAGGAAGCCCCUGGCAGAGAGGGUGCAGAGGUUUUCCCCUACGGUGUCCAAGAUCCCUUUGGUGGAGGCUGCGGAGAAGCAUGCCGAGCUGCUGGAUCAGCUGGCCAAGAACCUCUCCAGUGUGAUUACAGACACAAACCAGGAUAAUUUCAUUCAGCGUGCAGUGAAUGCAUCCCGGGCCUACACCGACAUCAUUGAUGCUGUACGCGAUGCUGAAGCCGCUGCUCGUGAGUCCAACCAGGCUGCCAUGGAUGCUCUGGAGAAGGUGCAAGGGAAAGACCUUGGUCAGCUGGCUGAAACGCUGAAAAACAAGAGCAACGAGCUGGUGAAGGAGGCCGUGGGUCUGCAGGACAAGCUCUCUAAAGAUUUGAAACCCGAUCUUCAGAAUGCGAAGGCACGGCUGAAAGAUGCCAAAGAGAAACAGAAAUCUAUUCUCAGGGAUCUGGAAAUGGCCCAGAAAAAUCUCAACGUUAGCAGAGAGGAGACAGCGAAGGACAUUGAGGAUGCGAAGCAGGCUGCCGCAGAGGCCAACAGCACCACUGCCCAGGUGCAGGACACGCUCAGCCCCAUCAAGAAGCAACUGGAUGAGUGGCAGCAGCAGUAUGGCGACUCCAACACCACAAACGAGGACAUCAACAACGCCUUUAUGGAAGCCAACAAAUCAGUCGGAUUGCUGGGUGACACAAUUCCUCUUCUAAUGAAAAAACUGGACAAGCUGCAGAACCGUUCCGCACAGAUGCCCAACAUCUCCGAGAACAUAGACAGGAUCCGGCAGCUCAUCGCCCAGGCACGCAAUGCCGCCAAUAAGGUGAAAGUGCCAGUGAAGUUUAACGGCACCUCAGGUAUACAGGUGAGGACGCCCAGUAACCUGGCUGACCUGGCAGCAUACAACUCCCUCAAGUUCUACAUCACUCUCCCUGAGUCCACCAAGAAAAAGAGGCAGGAUGAGAACUCACGCCACUUCAUCUUGUACCUCGGCAACAAAAACGCCAGUAAGGAGUUCCUGGGCAUGUCACUGGAGGGAAAGAAGCUUCGUUGGGUGUACAAUGUGGGCGGAGAAACAGCAGAGGUGACGGUGGACUACAAUGUACUAUCAGAUGGCAAUUUCAACAACGUCAUCCUGGAGAGAAUUCUGCAGUAUGGGCAAAUAGCAAUCUCAGAUGAAGGUACAGUGAAGAGGGUGACAAAGAGGGACGUGGAGGCAAAAGGAGACAGUGGACUGCUUAAUCUGUCUGCAGACGACACGGUCUUCUACGUGGGAGGAUAUCCUGACUCCUUCACGCCCCCUAUAGAGCUUCAUCUGCCAUUCUUCAAGGGCUGCAUGGAGCUGGAGACUCUGAAUGAGGAGGUGCUGAGUCUGUACAACUUUGAACAGACCUUCCAGCUAGACACCACUGCAGUCAAGCCAUGCGGCCGAACAAAGCCAGCCCUGACACAGCAGUGGGUCAACGAUGCAGCCUACUUCGAUGGCACAGGUUAUGCGGAGGUCACACUUAAUGUGGAGGGAGACAGCAGAAGACGCUUUGAACAGGAAGUCAGAGUGCUCUCACACAAUGGCAUUCUUAUGCUGCUGCUUGACCAAUACCGGUUUUUGUGUCUGGCUGUCCAUGGGGGACUGCUGAAGGUCUUUUACAACUUUGCAGAAGAGAUGAAAGAGGCAGAGCCAAGCAGAAAUACUAUGGAACACAUCAGCAUCAGUGGUGGACAGACCAAAUCACUGGACGUCAUCAUCCUUUACCACUCCACCAAGCGGCUGAUGGUGAGGAUCAACAGGUUGACGGUGUACACUAUUACCCCGAAAGAGGGGAUGCCCCUAUUCCGUGACCGCUACUACCUGGGAGGAGUCCCCAAAGAGAAAAUACCAGAAAGCUUGAAGACCCUGUUCCCUGAUCAAGUCUCCAUCAAAGGUUGCUUCAGGAACAUCAAAGCCCAAGACUCCUACAUAGACAUAAAGAGGAUGAACAGCUCUGGAGUCAGCUAUGGCUGCUCAUCUGACCUCCUGGUCUCACGGGAAGCAUACUUCUCUGGAGCUGGGUACCUGGGCCUGGGCCUGGACAACCUCCCGAACUUACAGUCUAACUUCUAUGCUGGGCUGGGCUUUAGAACAGACCAGAAGAACGGGCUCAUGCUCCACCACGUGGCUGAGGAUGGAGUGUGCCAGGUUCUCCUUGACAGGGGGCAUGUGGUGGUGAGAGCCGGGAGCAAGGAAGUUAAGACUCCCAAGACCUACAAUGAUGCCAACAGCCAUUAUGUGACUCUGUAUAGCAACAGCCAAGGGCUGCGUGUGUAUGUGGAUGACAUGUUGGAGAGUUCAGAGCGGGCUUCUGCGGCCAGCCCUGCCUCAGCUGUGCCAGUCAAAAGCGUGUACCUGGGGGGCACCCCUGAGGAUGUGGGCGUGGCCAACCUCUCUGGCUGUGUCAGCAACCUGUUCAUCAAACACAUCAGCACAGAGGCUCCUCAGACGGUGGUGAACCUGCUGAAGUCGAAGGAGAAUGUUAAUGUGCCACUGAACUGCCCCGCAGCCAAAGGGCCACAGAAAGUGCUGGCCUCCUCUCGAGUUCAAAAGAAGGGGAGGAACCGGAAGCCGCAGAGCAGCUCACGGAACCGCAGUGCGAGGGGCUCUUGUCAGGGCGAGCUGUCCGCCCAUGAUGCCGACGCACUUCAGUUCAGCGGCUCCUCACACAGCUACCUGAAGUUCGACUCCCUCCCAGAGGCCUUCAGGAAGACACCGCACUUCUCUAUGGGUGUACGUGUGAACUCCUCGGAUGGGCUGGUCUUUUAUGUGUCCGGGGAGAAAGGCGGCGUUUCCAUGACGCUGUCGGUCUCUGGUGGCCACUUCCUCCUGCUUAUCGACGGUGGGCGGAGAAAGGCCAGCAUUCGCAGCCGCAAGAAGUACAACGACAACCAGUGGCACACGGUCUUUGUGAGGAGGGAGGGGGAGAAAGCCAUCCUGGUGGUGGAUGGCAUUAAUGUGCAUUCCAAGAAGGUGCCUAAUGGGGAGAAGAGCCCUCUCAGACCCCCUCUGUACAUCGGGGGCCUUCCCCCUAGCCUGUCCAGCUCAGCUCACACGGCCCCUGCUGAAGGAGGCUUCGCCGGCUGUAUCAGGGAUGUGAGGCUGAAUGAGGAGCCUCUGGGCAGCCCCUCUCAGGCCAUGGGCGUGGUGCCCUGCUUCCAGGACGGACUGCAACCAGGGGUCUACUUCUCCAGCCAGGGGGGGCACCUCUCCAUUGAUGAGGCCCUAAUGGUGGGGCGGGACCUGGAGAUCCUGCUGGAGGUGCGACCUGUGUCUGACUCCGGGCUGCUACUGCACGCUGGAGGGCAGACGGGCCUACAGCUCAGUCUGUACCUGAACCAGGGAGAGGUGACUGUGCUGGUGAAUAAUGGGAACGGAGAAUUCUCUGCGUCCUUCACACCAGAAGGGUCACUGUGCAAUGGGCGCUGGCACAGCAUUGGAAUCGUGAAGAAAAGCAACGUGAUCCAGCUGGAUGUGGACACAGGCAGCGAGCACGGCAUUGGCCCAAAGAAGAGCCGCCCGUCAGGAGGCAAAGAAACAGUUUACCUGGGAGGAGCACCAGAUACUGUGGACGUCCCCGGCCUACCUCCCUCCUUGCCCUCUUUCCACGGUUGUGUGCGAAGGGUAGUGAUCAACCAGAGAGCCACGGUACUGAGCAAGCCCCUGUCCCUGCACGGAGCUGUGGGGACACACGGCUGCCCCCUCAUGUAGCCGCUGCACACCAGCCCGACUCAGAAGACCUUCCCUACACGUUACAUUCCUGGGUGGUGGGCUUACUUUCAAUAGAUAAUUUAAACAGAUAUUUAUGAAUAUGAUUUUUUUUUAUUUUAAAUUUAAAACUUUUUUUUUUCCACCAGCCCAAUGUCUUAUUCAAGCACAUCUAUAACCUGGACAAGAUUGACACGGUAUAAAUCCUCAAGGAUUCGAUUUUCAUCAUCAUCUAGCUGUCCAGUGUUGCACCAUUCUAUGGAAAAUUAAAGGGUCCAAAAUCUUAAAUCUUGCUAAAUAUGACAGUACAUCACAUUUGGGACUAAAGUAAGAUCCACAUGUAUUUUAUUGGAAUCGCACCUUUUGUUUGUUUUUGUCUGUGGUAUUAUGGGAACAAUAUUAUCUGAGAAUUUUUACAACCAAACAAAUAUUGGUAUGCCAUUUGUACUUCACUAAGAAAUUCGAAAUGAUCCCCAACAAAUUAUACUUUUGUAAACAAGUUUUAAGGGCAUCAAUAAAGUUUUCUUUGGGAGAAAUUCAA